AUGUUACAAAACCUAUUGAUAUUGUCACAGGGAUUUAAAUUAAAGGAAAACUAUUCAUUUCUCAAUGGCUCAUUAGCUCUAAGCUCAGGCUGCUUGAUUAUUACAGCAUUAUACAGAUUGUUACCUGAGGCCUCGGGGUAUUUGGCUAUGCUGAAUGAAGAUGCAAGCGCCGAGCACUUGACCAAGAGAUGGCAGCAAUUCUACUUGAUGAGUAGCUAUUUUGGUGGGAUUUUAAUCUGUUUGAGCUUCAACUUUGCCUUGCAUUUGUUGACUAGUGAAAGCGUGGUUCAUUGUAACCAUGGAAAUACGGUGAAGGAGGAAGAAGAUCAUGGGAUGCAAGAGAUUCACCGCAGCCAUGGGCAUGGGCAUGGACACAGUCAUCAGCAUUCACAUGCGAAUAUUGAGGCUGAUACCAACCAUUCAAAGCCAAGCACUGAUGAAGAAAAUCAAGUUCGGGAUUAUUUUGUCGAUCAGGUGCCGGUGGAGGUGGAAGUAGAAGAAAGUGAAAGAACACCACUUAUUCGAGCAACUUUGAAACCAAGAAAAUCAAUUAUCCAGCUCUUUUUGAAUGAUGAAGCAGCAGGAGAAUGCAAGGGAUAUACGUCUGCAGAGCUCUGCACCUACCACCACCACGAACAUGGAGUUGAUCGGUUACAUUUUUGUGAAAUUCCUCAAUUGGAAAAUCACGAAGAGGGUGCACACAGCAUCGAGACUGGCGAUGAUGAAGAAACGCAUAGAGAACCAGCUUUUAGUCUGAAUCAGCUGCACCACCUGCACGAAGUAGACCAUCAUCACCACGUCAAUUCUCCACUUUCUCGGUUACUAUUGAUUGGAAUUGAAACUACCUUGGCGAUUACAUUACACAAAUUACCAGAAGGGUUUAUCACCUAUGUGACAUCAGAGACAAACCCAAAGCUCGGAUUUUCCAUUUUUAUCAGUUUGAUCUUACACAACUACACGGAAGGAUUUUCAAUGUGUCUUCCUUUAUAUUAUGCCAUGACAUCAUCAAAGUUUGCCAAAAUCAAGGCAGUUGCGAUCAGUGCAACACUAGGUGGAAUUUCACAACCGCUAGGAGCAUUCUUGGGAUACUGCUUUCUCAAAGUCAACUCCAAUAAGUAUGAUGUACAUUCCUUACGAUUCAUAUUUGGAGUAACUAUGGCUGUCACCAGUGGAUUUUUAACCGUAGUUGCGUUGACUAUGUUUGGAAGUGCAGUCUCUUUUGGAGGGAAUAUGAACUUUGUCAUAUUAUGGUGUAUUGUGGGCAUAGUGGUGAUUGGGCUAUCAACCAUAUUUUCUAGUUAA